AUUUUUGUUUGUUGAAACACACGAGUCAUCCCAGCAACAACAACAAAAAACCUUCUUUUCCCAUUUUCUCUCACAAAACGCCGUCGUUUUGUUCCCGCCGGCGAAAUGGCCGAGAAAGCGAAGCAGCAACAACAGCGCUUCGCGUUCUCGUUUCCCGUAACCGUCGUCGUUUCAGCAAUCGCUUACAUUUACAUCUCCACCGUUUUCGUCUUUAUUGACCGAUGGCUUGGUCUUUUCUCUUCCCCUGGAAUCGCAAACGCCGUCGUUUUCACCUUCAUCGCUUUCAUGUCCGUCUUUUCUUACCGCUCUGCCGUCUUCAUGGAUCCCGGUCAGGUUCCAUCUACCUACUCACCUGACGUUGAAGAUACCCAAACUCCUAUCCAUGAGAUCAAACGCAAGGGUGGAGAUUUGCGAUAUUGCCAAAAGUGUUCUCACUAUAAGCCUCCCCGUGCACAUCAUUGCCGGGUUUGUAAAAGAUGUGUUCUACGAAUGGAUCACCAUUGCAUUUGGAUAAAUAACUGUGUUGGUCACGCAAACUACAAGAUCUUCUUCAUUUUUGUCACGUAUGCUGUAAUUGCCUGUAUUUACUCCCUGGUCUUACUUGUUGGUAGUCUAGCUUAUGAUGGUCUAUGGGAUGAAGAGAAAAAUGAUGGCUCUUUCAGAACUGUAUAUGUUAUUUCUGGGCUCUUACUGGUCCCCUUAUCUAUAGCAUUAUGUGUUCUUCUAGGAUGGCAUAUCUAUCUCAUCCUACAUAACAAUACCACAUUAGAGUAUUAUGAAGGAGUGAGAGCUUUGUGGCUUGCAGAGAAGGGUGGGAGUAUCUAUAAACAUCCAUAUGACCUUGGCCCGUAUGAGAAUUUGACAUCUGUUUUGGGACCAAACAUCCUUAGCUGGUUGUGGCCAACAGCAAACCAUAUCGGCUCUGGACUUAGGUUCCGCACUGUCUAUGAUCUCACAAAAGGUGCAUCAACAUCGAAAUGAAGUUUUCACAUUGCUUUGCAAUGGUAAUUGGGUAAUGUAUUCAUAUUAACGGUUGUUGAGAAGAAUGAUUGAGUAAUGACAAUGCUAAAUGACUGGUAAGAUGCUAUCUCAGAUUCAACAAAUAGUACAUCCUUUUUCAUGUCAAUCACCCACAAUUUCUGUAGUGUAGGUGUUGAAGAGCUGUUUGCUGCAUAACAUACAAUUUUUUUGGUCCUUUUUUUCACUCAUUUGUUAGAUACAGAAUAGGCUUCUUUUCCUUGUUUCCCCUUCGUCCGGUCUUGUUAGGUUUUUUGGAUGAUAUGGGGUUACAGUUGUAGAGUUCUGUUGAUAAAACCUAAUGUACAAAGCUCUGAAACCAGCUUACCUUUGUGAAAAGUUGUACUUUAGAACUGUAUUUUAUGUGUAUCUUAAAAUUCAAUGGAAUAAUAAAAUAGUUGCAUUACAUUUUUUUUGUUUUUA